AUGCGACACACGAAAAGCAUUUUUGCAAGACAUGGAAUACCCGAAACGGUAGUGUCAGACAAUGGACCCCAGUACAGCUCAGGACUCUACCGAGAGUUUGCUAACAACUUUGGAUUUCAUCACGUUACGUCAAGUCCGUACCACCCUCAAAGUAACGGAGAGGCAGAAAGAGCUAUAGGAACGCUAAAGAAUCUACUCAAGAAAGAGAAGGAUCCAUACUUAGCAUUAUUGGUUUAUCGAACCACACCACUCAAAAAUGGGUAUAGUCCAGCGGAGCUCUUGAUGAAUCGAAAACUCAGAACAACAGUUCCGAUAACGAGAGAAAUGAGGAAACCGAUGGUCCCAAAUGUGGAGUCUCUGGAACACAAAGAAGAGACACAGAGAGCAAAACAGAAGCACACAUUCGAUCAACACUACGGAGUUAGAGAGUUAUCUCAAUUGAUACCAGGAGAUAUGGUUUGGCUACCUGAUCGAGAAGAGGAAGCUAUAGUAGACGAAGAAGUAGCUCCAAGAUCCUACACAGUACUCACUCCAGGUGGAACCUAUAGGAGAAACAGAAGGAAUCUAGUUGAGAUAAAUCCGCAAAGAGAAACAUCUGAGAAUCAGACAGAAUCCGACAGUCAAGUUCAAACUCAAACGGACACACAGACUCCUCGGAGAAGUGGCAGACAAACACGUCCUGUUACUCGAUACGAACCAACAUGGAAAUAA